AUGGUUGAAUCACCGUUGUAACUGUACAGCAGACUCACCUGGUGGGAAACUACUUUUUUGGCUUCAACUCUGCUGUGUAGCUAUGUGUUGGCAAAAGAAAAAAGAAAAACAGCUGCACGUCUCUCUCAUCGAUAAACCCGGUCAAUAUUUAACCUAUGUGGCUGCGCCUUUGGCACCUCCUAUACAUUAUACUUCCAAGACAAUAAAUACUGUAUGUCUAACAACAUAUUACACAUUUUUGAUGCUCUGAAAGUGAACCCACACCUACAUAACUAUAUAAUUAACUUUAAUAAUGUUAUAUUUUACAGGUUAAGACCUUUUGUUGUCAAAUGUCGUCUUCUUGUUGAGACAGGACAAUCCAGUGGGUCCUGCCAAAGUAAUGACGGAAAAUGUGCGUGAUUAAAAUGUUUUAAAUGCCUUUUGUGCACAGAAGGCUCGAAAUGUGGUUUCUAUAAUUUCCUCCAAAUUGUCCGCACCUUGACAUCAGCAUUGCAACGGCGACUUAAAGGAAAAGCUUCUUCUUCACUGACAUCCAGACUCGCACUCAGCACAGAUCCAGUGUUUGAGGUGCAAAGAUUCUCACUAGCAAAAAGGCGCACAGGGAAGACAGAUUUCCUUUGUCGACCAUAGAAAGAAGAAAAGGUAGAAAUGUAGUGUUUCUUUUGGGUGAAGGGUGCUCUAUCAGUAUAGCCUUGUUCAAGUAAGCUGCACAAAUGUGUUCCCAGAUGGAAAAGAUGCAGGAAGAGGUGGCUCACCUGGAGCAACCCACCCCGCUGACCGACAAGGAGACGGUGAUGAUCCAGGAUUCCUGGUCAAAAGUCUUUGAGCACCGUGAUGAGGCUGGUGUGGCCAUACUUGUCAGACUGUUUGUGAACUUCCCCUCAUCCAAGCAGUAUUUCAGCCAGUUCAAACACAUGGAGGAGCCGGAGGAGCUGCAGAAGUGUGCCCAGCUGAGGACUCAUGCUGGCAGAGUCAUGAACUCCCUCAACACGCUGGUGCAGAACCUCCACAACUCAGACAAGGUGGCUUCCCUGUUGAAGCAGUUGGGCAAGGCCCACGCUCUUCGGCACAAAGUGGAUCCUGUGUACUUUAAGAUCCUGAGUGGUGUCAUACUGGAGGUCUUGGGUGAAGUCUUCCCAGAGGUGGUGACGCCAGAUGUGGCUGCAGCGUGGACCAAACUCCUGGCUACACUCUGCUAUGAAAUGAACGUCACCUAUGAGGAAGUGGGCUGGACCAAGCCACCUGCUUCAACUGGGUGAAGAAUCUCAUCCGCUCAUGAGGACUCAAGAAAUGGGCAUCAUGUAGUGAGGUUUUACAUCAUCAUGUAACCAAGAAAAAAUGGAUUCCAAAUAUAAAGUAUAUACUUUAAAUAUGUGAAAUUGCAGAGUACCAAACUCUUUGAAAUGAAAGCAAAAGAAAAGAUAGCCAGACUAGAGGUCACAUUUGACUCUAAUGUGCCUUCUACUAGAUACUACGUAUAGAAACUGCUGUUUACUGGUCAAUGGUGUUCGCUCCAUGAAUUGUGCUGUUGUUCUGGAUGUUAUUUUUGAGAAUGUAUCCACCUGUGUCCACCUUUUAAAAUUUAGUAGCACCUUGACAUCUUUUAUUUUGAUCUGAUUUGGAUUAUAUUUGUCUCCAUUUGGACCGACCUUUGUAUCUGUAACCAGCAAUAUAUUUUAAAUAAAACAAAGGAGAGAGGCUGUUUAAACUC